UUGCGGACUGAGGGUCCCGGUCGCCGCGGGUUGCGCUGCCUGCUCCUCCUCCUGAGCAGAGCCGCAUGAUGGCGGCAGCUGCGGCCGUGGUGGUGGAGGUGAGCGUGAGCAGCACCGGGAGCAGCAGCAGCGACACGUCAAGCACCGGCGAGGAGGAGAGGAUGAGGCGCCUCUUCCAGACCUGCGAUGGCGAUGGUGAUGGCUACAUCAGCAGAAAUGACUUGCUGAUGGUGUGCCGUCAGUUGAAUAUGGAGGAGUCUGUUGCUGAGAUUAUGCACCAACUAGGAGCAGAUGAAAAUGGGAAGAUUUCCUUUCGGGAUUUUACUCGGUGCCGCAUGCAGCUUGUGCGAGAAAUCAGGAAAGAGGAAGUGGAACUUUCCGUGAAAUCAGAUGACUCUUGUAAAAAGAAGUUGUUAAGGGACAGAAUAGCCUCCUGGCCAACGAGCAGUGAUAACAGUUUGGGUGCCUUAUCAGGUGCUAGAGAAAGCUGGGAAUAUGAUUCUGGUGCAAGAGACCUUCAGAGUCCUGACCUGCAGAGCCAUUCUACCCUACAGAAGCUCUUGGAGUAUGGAGGCAGCAGUAUGAGUCGUCAAGCUGCUCUGCAGAAACUGCUAACGCAGGCCUCCAAUCUUAGCAACUCAGUUGGAGGAAGCUAUUUAGAGCUUGCCAACACUGUUCCCAGCCUUGGCAAGACAAGUCUUGUAAUUUUGCUGGAGCCAAGACAGCUCCAUUUAGCAGCCCUGGCAUCACUAAAGGGAGAUAUAGUGGAGCUUAAUAAACGUCUGCAGCAAACAGAAAGGGAGCGGGACCUGCUGGAAAAAAAAUUGGCAAAGGCGCAGUGUGAACAGUCUCAUCUAAUGAGAGAGCAUGAAGAUGUACAGGAGCGAACAACACUACGCUAUGAAGAACGAAUCACAGAGCUUCACAGCAUUAUCGCUGAAUUAAAUAAGAAGAUUGACCGACUACAAGGAACAACAAUAAGGGAGGAAGAUGAAUAUUCUGAACUACGAUCAGAGCUCAGCCAGAGCCAGCAUGAGGCUAACGAAGAUUCACGCAGCAUGGACCAGGAUCAGACUUCUGUUUCAGUACCAGAGAACCAGUCCACUAUGGUCACUGCUGACAUGGAUAACUGCAGUGAUUUGAACUCCGAACUGCAGAGAGUGCUGACAGGGCUGGAGAAUGUAGUCUGCGGGAGGAAGAAGAGCAGUUGCAGUUUGUCUGUAGCAGAAGUGGACAGACACAUUGAACAACUCACCACUGCCAGCGAACAUUGUGAUCUAGCUAUUAAGACAGUGGAGGAGAUUGAGGGUGUGCUGGGACGGGAUCUGUAUCCAAACCUGUCUGAAGAGAGAUCUCGGUGGGAAAAGGAGCUGGCUGGUCUGAGGGAAGAAAAUGAGAGCCUCACUGCUAUGCUGUGCAGCAAAGAAGAGGAGCUGAACAGAACCAAGGCCACCAUGAACGCUAUCCGGGAAGAAAGAGACAGAUUACGCAGAAGGGUUCGGGAACUGCAAACACGUUUACAGAGCAUCCAGGCAACAGGCCCAUCCAGUCCAGGUCGUCUCACUUCCGCAAAUCGACCCGUGAACCCCAGUACUGGAGAGCUGAGCACAAGCAGUAGCAGCAAUGACAUUCCCAUUGCCAAGAUUGCUGAACGAGUGAAGCUCUCAAAGACAAGGUCAGAGUCUUCAUCGUCUGACCGACCUGUCCUAGGAUCAGAAAUCAGCAGCAUAGGGGUGUCUAGCAGUGUGGCUGAGCAUUUAGCCCAUUCUCUCCAAGACUGCUCCAACAUCCAGGAAAUCUUUCAGACACUCUAUUCACAUGGAUCUGCUAUCUCUGAAAGCAAAAUCCGAGAGUUUGAAGUGGAAACAGAGAGGUUAAAUAGCCGUAUUGAGCACUUAAAAUCCCAGAAUGACUUGUUGACAAUAACGCUGGAGGAGUGCAAGAGCAAUGCUGAGAGGAUGAGCAUGCUGGUUGGGAAAUAUGAGUCCAAUGCCACGGCACUCAGACUUGCACUGCAGUACAGUGAACAGUGCAUAGAAGCAUACGAGCUGCUGCUGGCUUUGGCAGAAAGUGAACAGAGUCUCAUUCUUGGUCAAUUUAGAGCUGCAGGCAUUGGGUCUGUUGGGGACCAAACAGGUGAUGAGAACAUUACCCAAAUGCUCAAGAGAGCUCACGACUGCAGGAAGACAGCUGAGAAUGCAGCAAAAGCCCUGCUGAUGAAGUUAGACGGCAGCUGCGGGGGAGCCUAUGCAAUCACUGGCUGUAGCGUACAGCCCUGGGAGAGCCUGUCAUCCAACAGCCACACCAGCACUACCAGCUCAACUGCAAGUAGCUGUGAUACGGAGUUCACAAAGGAGGAUGAGCAGAGGUUGAAGGAUUACAUCCAGCAGCUGAAGAAUGACAGGGCAGCAGUCAAGCUGACCAUGUUGGAGCUGGAGAGCAUCCAUAUUGAUCCCCUUAGUUAUGAUGUCAAACCUCGUGGAGACAGCCAGAGGCUAGAUCUGGAAAAUGCAGUACUGAUGCAGGAACUCAUGGCAAUGAAGGAGGAGAUGGCAGAGCUUAAGGCACAACUGUACCUGCUAGAGAAAGAGAAGAAAGCACUGGAGUUGAAACUCAGCACUCGAGAGGCUCAAGAACAGGCCUAUCUAGUUCACAUUGAGCACCUGAAGUCUGAAGUAGAAGAGCAAAAAGAACAGAAAAUAAGAUCUCUCAGCUCCACCAGUAGUGGCAGCAAAGACAAAUUGGGCAAGGAAUGCACAGAUGGGACCACAACACCAUUAACCCUAGCUGAGCUGAGACCAUACAACGACAGUGAACUGGCUGCAGAACUGACAAAUGCACUCAGACGAGAGAAGAAACUGAAAGGGAGAGUGCAAGAGUUAGUGAGUGCCUUAGAGAGACUCACGAAGAGCAGCGAAAUCAGACAUCAGCAGUCUGCAGAGUUUGUUAAUGACCUGAAAAGGGCAAACAGUAACCUUGUGGCAGCUUAUGAAAAAGCAAAGAAGAAGCAUCAAAACAAACUGAAGAAACUGGAGUCUCAAAUGAUGGCCAUGGUUGAGAGACAUGAGACUCAAGUGAGGAUGCUCAAACAAAGAAUAGCAUUGCUGGAGGAGGAGAACUCAAGACCUCACACCAAUGAAACUUCGCUUUAAAAUAAAUGAUGACAAUUAGUGCCAUUAAAAACCAGUUUUUUUUUCCUUUACUGAUUUUAGGUAGUGAACACUAUUAAGGAUUUGAAACAUAACAGGCAUAGAUCAGUCUUGUGGCUUUGUCAAGUCAAGCCAGGAGGAAUGGGGAGACUAUUUUGGCAAAGGAUUGUUUAUUGAUCACUGCUUGAAACGGACAGUGUCUGAAGGUAAAGUUUCUGGUCAUACCAAGGUUACAUUCACAGUAUAUGUGAUUGUCUAUAUGCACACACAUGCAGGAUUAUCGCCCAUCCUCAAAUCCUAGUGGGUGGCAGUCC